GUCUAUGGAGAUUGUAUGGCUGUGUGCUCGAUUGUAUACACCUGUCAGCAACAGAUGUGGCUGAAAUAGCAGAAUCUACUAAUAUGAAGGGGUGUGCAUCACAGGAGGCUGUUGAGGGGAAGACAGUUCAUAAUAAUGGCCAUAAUGGACAGGGACAAGGAUAAGGGACGGGAUAGGGACUCUUUAUCGAGCUCACAAACAUCAUGUUUAAGUUCAGAAUUCUCCUGCUUCAGGCUGCUCAGAGAUCCUCUUAUUCAGUUCAGAAUUAUUAACUCCAAUCUUCCUCUUUUCGCAGACGCUCUCCAACUCCUCCUCAGUCUGUCUCAAAACGUUGUAUCAUCAGAGAAUACGUUUCAGAACCAGCUUCAUCAGUAGUAGCAUAGAUUCGAUGGAUAAACGAGGAUAAAAUAGCUAUUAUUGUUAGAACUUUAAAGGCAAUAAAAAAAAAACAUUUCAGUGUCGUAAAAAUGAUCAUGCGACUGAACCAAUUCCGACACUUCCGGUUUCUGUCAACAUCAUUUACGCUAAUUUCAGUAAAUCCAAAAGUGUCAACGAUAGAUUGGUGAGUUGCUUGAACAAAGUAAUCCACUUCAAUAAGGAAUGAAAUCUCACAACUGCUAGACACAAGCAACAAAUGAGCAACAAUUGCACUCAAUGGACGUAUUGCCACGAUGUGAGAAACAAAUGCAAAGUGUCGCCUAAUUUGCAUCGCAAGAAUGCUAGUUUGCAACCACCAUAGCUAGCUAACGUUAAAUAGUAACAGUUAGGUUGUUACAGUCAGUAGCUUGUUAUUGUAAGCGUUGUUAGAUUUGACAGUAAGCAAUGUUUGACAGGGAAUGUAUGUUGCUCUUGGUUGGGUAGCAACAUAGCUAGUCAUACAAUAUUUGAGUACCAGUUUACUAGUUAGCUAACUAGCUAGUAAAGAGCUAGCUACCAGUUUAGCUAAUUUCACCAGUGCGUUGCUAGCGAAAGGUUAGCUAGCUAGUUGUCAACAGGAAAUACAACACUUCACACAUUUAGCGAAAUACUUUAAGUGGUAAUCUAGCUAGUCUGUUAACGUUGGUUUUGGUCAGAUUAGAAUGGAGAACCAACUUUGACCGUCCAUUUUGUUUGUUGUCAUUAUCUAACGUAAGCUAGUUAGCUCAUUAACACGAGUUGCAAACUUGAGUUAAAGUGACUCUUAAGCCUAAAUUCAAAAUGUGGCUCCAGCAAAGACUAAAGGGCCUACCAGGUGUGCUGUCAAGCAGCUGGGCUAGAAGAAUGCUCAUUGGACUGCUGGUUUUCCUCAUCUUCUACUGGUACCUUAGCUCAGAGGGCGCUUUGAGGUUGUUUAGUGGCUCAGGCCAAUCAGGGGGGCCCGCUGGACAAUGCCUCCAGACUGAGAUCCACAGGUGGAAGUCACUGGUGGACCGGGGGGAGGGAAUCUACAGCACUCCCCAGGAGAAAGCGGUCACACCUUUUGUCACAGGUAACGGCCAUUUCCUGGUGGACAUUGACUCCAACAGACUGUGGGUGGCCUCGUCCUCCCAGCCCGGCUCGGCCCCUGUCCACCAGACUGAGUAUUCGCCCAUAGUGGGUGUUCACCUCCCUGGGAAGCGAGCCGAGGUGAGUGCAACCAUGCUCUGGUUCCGCAAAGGGGCUGUCCUGUCCGUCCACUGUGUCCUCCCGGGGGACAGCUCCGGGUCAGCCCGUGACUGCCUCACCGUCCGAGAGGAGUUCAUUGCCCACCGCAGCCGGCCCAACGUCUACCUUCAGAGGAUCCACGUCAACAACCCCUCGGAGCGGGCCACCACCCUGGAGGUUUCCACUGAACCGUCCUUGUUCGGGAGCAAGUUCUCAGCCAGCGUGGAGAAGGUGGAGGACAAAGACGUGGUGCUGUCGUCGGGCCGCGUAGUUCUGCCGGAAAAGAACCAGAUAUUGCUGGUGGUGGUGGCCACCAAGAAGCUGGGCAGCCGCAUCCAGGUGGCGGCCAAGUCGGAGUACGCAGAAAGUGUGCUGUCGGUGGUGUGGACAUCGGAGCCCAUUGAGUCGACCAAGUUGCAGGAGACCUUCACUAGGCUUAGAGAGGGGGCCAAGAAAGAGCUGGGCGAGCUGCUGAGGGCUAACAUAGAAGAUCUGGUCCAGGACCACCAACAGGCCUGGAUGGACCUCUUCAUCUCUGGGGUGGAGAUGCGUAAGAUCACUGAUGCGCAUACGCCGUCCAGCGCCACGGUCAACACCACACUCUACUACGUCCUCUCGGCCUCGCCGGCACCCCUGCUAGACCGCCGCCUGGGCCCUGAAGAACGCGCCCGUCUGGAAUCCAGCCUCAACUACGCCGACCACUGCUUUAGUGGGCAUGCCACCAUGCAUGCCGAUAACCUGUGGCCGGAGCGGGUCAGCAGUGUGGCCCAAGUCCUGCAGCUGGUCACCCUGUGGACCCUCACCCUGCAGAAGAGGGGUUGCAAGGUGCUUGUGGCGGCAGGUGCCCAUGGCGUCAUGCAGGGUGCCGUACUCAGCUUCGGAGGCCUCUCUUUCAACGAAAACCACCUGCAGUUCCAGGCGGACCCGGACGUGCUGCACAACAGCUAUGCGCUGCGAGGCAUCCACUACAACCAGGACCUGAUCAACCUGGCUGUGCUUCUGGACGCCGAGGGCAAGCCCUUCCUGCACGUGUCGGUCAAACCCUUCCUGCAUUUGUCGGUCAAGCCCCAGGAGAAACCAGUAGCGCUGUACGCCUGCGAGGCGGGCUGCCUCAACGAGCCGGUGGAGCUGACGUCGUCAAUGGUAGAGUCCAAGGGCCACGUGUUCCCGGUGAUGGUGACGCAGCCCAUCACACCACUGCUCUACAUAUCCACGGACCUGCGCCACCUGCAGGACCUGCGGCACACACUGCACCUCAAAGCCAUCCUGGCACACGAGGAGCACAUGGCCAAGCAGGACCCGGGCCUGCCCUUCCUCUUUUGGUUCGGCGUGGCUUCUCUCAUCACCCUCUUCCACCUCUUCCUCUUCAAACUCAUCUACAAUGAGUACUGCGGCCCCAGCGCCAAGCCCCUCUUCAGAAGCAAGGUGACGAAGCCAAGUGAGGAAAUGGAAGCUUAGGAAGCAGCCAUGACAUCACAGGUGCAGAGUAGCAGCCAGCGAUGGCAGCAUGAGACAAAUUACAUUUCCAUAAAGUGUGUUACUGUUCAUGUCAUUGUUGGUCAAUGAUUUGUAUUGAGAUGGUCAAUGUUUAUUUGACUUUUGACAUGUUGGAGCUGAAUUCAGAGAAACAUGUUGAAGCUGAAUUCAGAGAAUGAAGCUCACCUCACCUGAUGACCUCUUUCAUUGGCAAGGCUAACGAAAGUCUGUCACUGUUUACCAUGCUUCCAUUUAUUUUGGCUGGAUGACCCCCUCGGUUUGAACAAAUUCUAUUUAUAUGGUUCUAGACAUAGCUCUGUUUUGUUUCUACCAUAUGGAAUUCUGAAAAAUGUCAGUUAUCCCUUCACCUUUUUUCAAGAUGGUGGAAACCUAACCCAAGCUACACACAUAUAUAUUUUACCCUGCGAUCAUAACCAAGUGGGAAGGUGGUAUUUACCGCAUACGACUGGGGAAAAUCCACUUGAAUGCCCCUCCAACUGGUAAUUACUAGAGGAAAACGUGUUUAUCAUCCCUGAGCUCCUACUUCUCCCACAUGAUGACCUUUGAUGUCACCUACUAAGGAAAUGACCUCGAUAACAAAAUGUUCAGCAAUUUAAUCCAACAAAACAUUAUUUAUAAAAAGCAAUCUAUUAAUAUUGUUUUUGAACACCGUAAUUUGAUCAACUAAAAGUACAGCUAUUAAUGCUGUGGUUGACUCAGCUUGUUGGCCAUUAGCCAAUCUGUGGUUGACUUGUUGGCCAUUAGCCAAUCUGUGGUUGUCAACGAGUUCAAUGCAGGUGAACACAUCCAACUGGUAUUUACGACUUCAUAAGUGGUUAUUAUUGCAGCUUGACAAAAUUAUCUCCAUUAAAAAUGGAUUGAGAUGUAAACAUUGACAUUUAAAUGAGCCGUGGUUCUUUUAGUUGGUUUACUUAAAUGGGUUUUGUAGCCUGUAUGUUUCCAGUUUCCACUGUCACUUCACACUGUUCACUCUGACACAUUAAAACUGAAAUAGAAUUACAUUUGGACAUGUAGUAGAUUUGUCUACUCUUAACAUUUAAAUGUGUGGUUGCAGCACAUUAUGUUAAUUGAUCCACCAUGAUUUAGAGAAAUAAUGCACAUGAACUUAAUUACUAGAUAAGCUGAGUUUCUACAACUCUGAUUUAUUGUGAAGUGUGACUUAAUUGUUUUCUUCAGUUUUUGUGUUUUCUUUUUGCAUUUAUUGUUCAUCUUUGUUUAUAUAGCAUUUUUAAGGGCUUUUUUCGCAUCAGUUAUUUUGUUUGUAACUAACUACUGAGUGUGCCUUAACAAGUUUAAUUUAUUCUGAUUACACCUAGAAUUUGGUUGGAUUGUAUUUGAAUAUUGUAUGAUAAUGUGAUUUGGGGGAAAAUAUGUUGUAAGUUGAUUUCAAUUUGGAUAAAGAAUAAAUGUAUACAAAGAAUUUGAAUUAAGAUGUAAAUAUGUUAAACCAUUUCUGACAGUAUACAUUAACUUGUUUGUGAAUUGAAAGUGAAAUCUGUAUUUCUAAUCAAAGUUAUUAGGCUCUAUGCACGUGUGAAGGGGUUUUAAUUAUGUUUUUAAUUAAAUUGGUUUAAUUACCAAAGGAUGGUAAAUAGCUCUUAAACUACAUGUUGUUUUCCACAGAAUUGAAUGUCCUUUGCGUUCUCUCACCCCACCAAAAAUAAAAUGAUAUCAAAGAUGGUCAAAA